UUCCUGCUUUCGGAUUAAUCCACCAAAUCCGUCUCCAGACCGCGGCGUCACACCCGAGGGGACACAACAGGGAAAACGCGAGAGAGGCGAUUUCUGCCCUGAACAAGCGAACCUGAGGUUCGUAGUGGCAUCGCCCGGGUGACCCAGCCGCCGGAGCCCGGGACCUUGCACUCGUUAACGCUUUCCAGCUACUCCUCUUCCCCUCACUUUCCCCGGACCACGGGCGCAGAUGGCGGCGGCCGUGCUGACGGACCCAGUGCAGGGGAAAGUGAACCUUGAGGACGUGUUCGUGUACUUCUCCCAGGAGGAGUGGAGGCUCCUUGAUGAGGCUCAGAGGCUCCUGUACCGCGAGGUGAUGCUGGAGAACUUUGCACUUAUGGCCUCACUGGGUUCUUGGCAUGGAACGGAGGAGGAGGAGAUACCUUUUGAGCAGAGUGUUUCUGUGAAAGGAGUGUCACAGGUCAUGAUUCCUAAGAUGGUUCUGUCUUCCCAGAAGGCCCACCCCUGUGACACAUGUGGCCCCAUCUUGAAAGACAUUUUGCAUUUGGCUGAGCACCAGGACACACACCCUGGGCAAAAACCAUACAUGUGUGUGGCAUGUGGGAAACAACUCUGGUUCCAUUCAAACCUUCACCCCCAAAAACAGCAUAGUGGAGAGAAACCCUGCACAAGGGACGAGGGCAGGGCCUUGCUCAUGAAAAGCUGCCCUGUCCAGUCAUUGAAGAUGCCCUUUGGCACAGGGGAGGUUUGUAAGGACUUCCCAGCUAGCUCAAGUAUGUUCCAGCAUCAUGCUUCUCUUAGUAAAUGGAAGCCACAAAGGAACAGCAAGCCUGUAGAGGCCUUGCUUAGUGGACAAAGGCAUUAUGAGUGCAGUGAGUGUGGGAAAGCCUUCAGCCGCAAAGACUCACUUGUUCAGCACCAGAGAGUCCACACUGGAGAAAGGCCUUAUGAGUGCACUGAAUGUGGGAAAACCUUCAGCCGCAAACCCAUACUUGCACAGCACCAGAGAAUCCACACUGGAGAAAUGCCUUACGAGUGUGGCAUAUGCGGGAAAGUUUUUAAUCACAGCUCUAACCUUAUUGUACACCAGAGAGUCCAUACGGGAGCAAGGCCUUACAAGUGCAGUCAAUGUGGGAAAGCCUACAGCCACAAAUCCACGCUAGUUCAACAUGAGAGUAUCCAUACUGGAGAGAGACCUUAUGAGUGCAGCGAAUGUGGGAAAUACUUUGGUCACAAAUACAGACUCAUUAAACACUGGAGUGUUCAUACUGGGGCAAGGCCUUAUGAGUGCAUUGCAUGUGGGAAGUUCUUCAGCCAAAGUUCUGAUCUUAUUGCACAUCAGAGAGUUCACAAUGGUGAAAAGCCAUAUGUGUGCAGUGAGUGUGGAAAAGCCUUUAGUCACAAACAUGUGCUUAUUCAGCACCACAGAAUCCACACUGGCGAAAGGCCAUUUAAGUGUAGUGAGUGUGGGAAGGCCUUCAGGCAGAGGGCUUCCCUCAUCAGACACUGGAAAAUUCAUGCCGGAGAAAGGCCUUAGAAUAGCAGGGAAUAUGGCAUCUUGUUCAAAAUACUGGAUGACACCAGAGAGAAGCUCCAGAGAGCAUUUGUGACGAGCCAUCCGCUGGAAGAUGAGCAUGAUGCAUUUGAACUCCCACUCUGAGGAGAUUUUUCUGUGUGCCAGAUAAAUGGGGAGCUUUCUGGAGCCAUGUUGCACUUAGUAACAUGCCAUGGUCCUCUGUGAAAGGUCCCUGCACACUAGCCAGAAGUAUAUCACUGCCAGCGUGUCUGAAAGAAGCCAUCCCCCAGUGCAACAGCAGGGCCCCAAGUUGUGUGUGAAUCACAUGCUGGAUUUGUUCAGCCUCCAAGUCACUUACCUUGGGAAUUGCCUGCCUCACAUUGUUCUGGUUUUGCAACAAAUGCUUUUAGGUUUUUGGUGGGUUUUGUUUGUUUGUUUUUUCUUUGCUUUUUA